AUGUCGCCGACGUCGUCGCCGUCGACGCCGCCGCCUCCGACGAUGAAGUCAGAAGCAGAGCCUUCGGACGCCGUCCAGAGACAGUCGUCGCAGAGUGGCGCCUCCUCCGGCGACUCCAACAUCACCCUGUGGCAGUUCCUGCUCGAGCUCCUCGUCCAUGGCGACCAUCCGGAGCUGAUCAAGUGGACCGCCAGGGAGGGCGAGUUCAAGGUGAAUCAUCAGAUAUUUUUUGGAUUAAAAGCACAAUAUAUCCGUUUUUUGUGAUUUUUCUAAAUUUUGAGCUUUUUCCAUUCAAAAAAUGUUUGCCGCCUGGAAACCACGACUGUUUCCCAUCGUAAUUAACGGUGGCGACGUGUCCAUUUUCUUUGUGGCCUUUUGCCUCCUCACCCCUCGAUUUGUUGGCGAUAAAAAAAUUCAGUGGCGAACGUCCUUGCCUCGUUAAUUCAGCUCGAUUUAAAUGUUCCAAACAAAGACGCACGUCACUGGAAUCUGAAGAAAGAUGAAAACCUUUUACCUUUUGUUAAAUUUAAAAAACUAUUUUGAAACAGCUCUUCUCGAAGACCUUGGCUUACGAAAUUAGUUUAUUUUUCUUAAUUUCUGAAUUUCUUCCCAAAAAGACCAUCUCGACGUGACUUCGUGGCUUCGAAUGAAUUGAAUUAUUUUUCUAGAUUUUUGAAAAGUUAUUUUUAAACUUUUAUUGUUCGUUUUGAUGUUUUUUUGAAAAAGCUGAAGCCCUUGUUUAAAAAAUUAUUCCAUAUUCCUCAAUUUUUGCCUUUUUGGAAAAUCUAUGACCGAAGUCUGUAGAGAUGGAACGCUUAUAAAAUUAAUUUUUCCUGUAUUUUUCAAUUUUUUUAAAAAUUAAUUUUGAAGCAGCUCAUCAUAGACGCCUUGCCACAAAAAAUGAAUUUUUUACUCAAUUUUCCAAAUUUUUUCUCAAAGCUUAUUUUGAAGUUGGUUGACGCGGAAGCCGUGGCGCGACUGUGGGGGCAGCGAAAAGCCAAACCGCACAUGAACUACGACAAGUUGUCCCGAGCUUUGCGGUACUACUAUGAAAAGAACAUCAUAAAAAAGGUAUGGUUAUUUCAACUUUUUCGAGCCUCAUUUGUCCCUUUUUCCAGGUGAUAGGCCAGAAGUUCGUCUACCGAUUCGUCACGAAUCCGGAAAAUGUGACGGCCGAAAUCCUGGGUUAUACGGCGAGUUUGGGGACCGUUAGAUCGUUGGGAACGAAUUCGAGACGAGCUGAAACUGGAACUUUCUGCAAAAAGGAGGAAGAUUAUGGUGAGUCUGGACUGCUGGGAAGUUUUCUAGUGGUCACUGGAGUGGUGCUUGGAGAGCAGCUUAAAAGAAGAUGGAAAAGUGGAUUCGAAUUAUUUUGAGAAUGGAAUAAAUACACAGGAAAGUUCUAGUGGCCACUGGAGGGGUGCCUGGAAAGUUAGUUAAAAACAGGAUUCAAAGUAUCGAUUAUGUUCUGAGAAGAACGGAAAAAAAUACACAUGGAAGACGAAAAAGGUACUAUUACCUUAGAGAGCCCUAGAGUGACCGCUAGAAUAAAGGUUGAGUUUAAGAAAACUGUCCAGAUUAAACAAUACCUUCUAGAAAAAGUGACUAAACAAGUUGUUAGAAACUUCCUUUGAAAAUUGGAUUUAUAUAUAAGUUCUAGUGAUCACUUAAGGGCGUCACGUCGAGUUUGAGAUACCCCUUAGGUUACCACUUGAAUUUGAGCCCCCUUUAGAAAACACUUGAACUUUUUUUCCUCGACUGGAUUUAUCCGUUAUGAUCAUUCUCAUGCCGUUCGAAGUGAUUCCGCGAAAUCUAAAAUAGCCGUCAGUGAAAAAAAAAAGAUAACUAAAAUUUGGAGAGCCAGAGAUAGGCCAGAGAUACGGCAUCAACUUGAAGUCCACUUUGAAUGAAUGGAUUGAAGCUCCUGUUUCACUCGAAAACCAGAACCCUAUAAUGACCACUUCCAUGGAAUUCUCUUUCAGAACCACAAAUGUGCAACAACAUGCCAUUCUCGACGCCUCCUUCAAGUUACCCGGCUCUGAACCUGAUGAAUGCGAUGAAUACGCCGAGUACGGCUCACAGUAUUUCGACACCUUCCCCGACGGAUAGGUAAAAAUACAUUUUGAAGUAUUGUAGAAGAGAAAAAAGCAAAAUUGAUGUCUUCUUUCCAGUCUUUGAAAUAGUUUUUCAUAAACUAUUUGGAAAUUUUCUGAGUAAAUCUUGAUUUUCCAGCACCUGUUCACCUGGCAGCGUUGGCUCCUCAACCGGCCCCACGACAGUCCUUCCAGCCCAUUCAUCGCCUGGCCCAAGCUCCCGGCCCGAGUCCACACACAACGAGGAAACCUCUCCGGCGACCGUUUCCAGCCGUAAAAGAACGGCCGGAUCGCCACGAGUCUCCUCCUCGGCCUCGACAUCGACCAACGAAGCACCGCCCAGUCGGAGAUCCAAGCCGGAUCCGCUGAACCUGAGCGCUGCCAGCAAUUUCCCAAUCAUCACCCCCUUCUCGGCCGCAUCCAACUUCUCGCCGUUGAUGCUCCUCCAGCCGAACUCGCCACUCCUCCAACCCGCCAUCAACCAUUUCUAUGCGCUCGCGUCGGCGUCGCUCGCGUCGGCAGGCCUCUACGGACCGCAGAUGUCGCCCCUCUUCGCUGCGUCGCCCUUCCGAUCGCCGUUGACGACGCCGAAAGCCGGUGCUACUGCUACGUCACAGCCACAGGUCUGUUUUGUGGAAAUCUACUUACUAGGGAAUGGUCUCCAUUGGGACUUUUGGAUGAGACUAGGUUCACUAGAUGUAGUUUUCCACGCUGAUUCCAAAUCUGGUGCCCUCGAAGUCUGUGAAAAAUGUUAGGGGCCCUCAAAUCCAAUCGAGCUCAUCUUUGGAAGAUGUAUAGUUCUUGUCUCCCUGGUCACGGAAAAUUAUCGAAUCUUCUUUCCCACUGGAAAAGAAGACCAUUCUCAUGUUAGAAAAAGUCAUUUUUAUCAAAAAAUCUUAUUCCCCGUUGCAAAACUACUAGAACUAGCUCAAGACUAUUGAUUUCCUUACAGAUUUCUAGCUUUUUUUGGACAUUCAAAGGUUUUUGUGCUUUUUAAUAAAUGAUUUUCCAAAAUUAGCCAGGUGUGAUCCUGACAGUCUCAAUAAAGGGCACAAGAAUUUCGAGUCCCUUUUUUCUUUCAAAAAUCCAAGUUUCAAGUGCUUUUUUCCAGGUGUUCCAGUUCCCACCGACAUCGAGCUUCAACUCGACGCUCAUCAACCCGUUCAGCUCGCUCAUCAGCCCCAUGGCGCCCUUUAUGAUGUCCAACACCGGCUCGAAUCAGUUCAAAUACCCAUCCUCUGAUUCCUUGAAAACACCUACCGUUCCUCUGAAAAUGCCUACUCUCUAA